UGGCGGACGUCGGCGGGAGUGUAGCUCGGCCCGCCUCUCUCCGCCCGUCAACAUUCGGGUGUUGUCGACUCGAAGCGCACAGUCGGAGGAGGAAAAAAAGGAAAGGAGACGGAAACUCGCACUGGUUUGCGUACAUAGACCCCCCCCAAAAAAAAGAAAAAAAAAAAGUUAAAUAUUAACAUCAAACGUCAGCGAAAAGUGCCAGCGGAGCGAGCCACAUCUGUUUGAAGUGGAGCGUGUGUCUGAUGGUGGAGUCGCGCUGGUGUGUUCGCUACAUGUUGUUGGUGUCGUGGUGACAUUGUUGGUGUCGUGGUGACAUUGUUGGUGUCGUGGUGACAUUGCCGCCGAGGGACAGCUCUCCUCCAGCGCGUCGAAGAAGGAAGGAAGCAGCCAGGUGUCAAGACUUGGUCCUUGGGUUUAGUUUUUCCAGAAGGCAACGGAAAGUUGGCUCGGGCGAGACGGGAAUCCGUGAUUGUCCAGGAUGUCUGCGAAGGCUCACAGUUCCAACAACAUCGCCCAAGGCAGGCGGACGGUGCAGCAGCUGCGGCUCGAGGCCAGCAUCGAGAGGAUAAAGGUGUCCAAGGCCUCUGCAGACCUCAUGCAUUACUGCAACGAGCAGGCCAGGAACGACCCCCUGCUCAUGGGCAUCCCUGCCUCCGAGAACCCCUUCAAGGACAAAAAGCCCUGCGCCAUACUGUAGUGCUCCUCCGCUCGGCCUUUCCCGGGGUUCUUCUUGCGUGUCCGUGUCGCCGUGUCGUGUUUGUGGGGGGAGGAGCCAGGGGCGGACCGUCGUCGCCGCCGCGCCGCUUGCCUUUUUUUUGUUCGCCAAUCACCGCGGUUCUCUCCAAAUCGUCUUUGUGUGAAGAGCAACGAGCGCGUUAGCGUUCCCUGGAGGUGUUCGGUCCCAGUUCUCUUGUGGAGGUCAACACACGUUCUGCACUAUUUCAUCCGAUCGCUUCCUUCAGGGUCUCACGACAAUCCACAUUCCGUUUGUCGUCUUUGCUUCUCAUCUUUAGGACAACUUUGUCAACAAAAUUGUCGUCCAUCUGUCAGAUUCUCCGCCUUACAUCGCGUGAGCGUUCAGGGUCGACAAAAACCCAUCCGGACUUUUCAGGCCGACCUUUAAGAGCCUUUCAUGUUCCCGCCUUUCCGUACAGUUCAGCUCGCCAUUAAGUCAGGAGGUUCCAUACAUUCCAUUGAAGCAAUCAUCAGGCGGCGGUGUGUAGCUCCGCCCCUUUAGGUGCCGUACCUUUCUGCCAAGCAAAACUUGUAGGGAGCUGAACUGUCCUGUUCGGUGGACAUCGUCCUACGCCUGCCUUGUGUUAUGAAGAACACCUCCUGGGAGAACUGUUCCUGGUCCGGAACCAUGUCGUGCCAUCUGUGUGUCGCAAAACCUCUUAAACGGUGUUUCCUGGUGCUGCAGCGUUGCCCCGCCCCCCUCACAGGUUACCUUCGAAUCAGCAACGAUUGUACUUUUGUCGAAUCUUUGACUCUUAACAGCCUUCUCCUUAUUUGCAAUAAUUCCCGCGAGCCUGUAAAGAAAAGUUGAGCUAAGCACUGCCGUGUCAGCGUUUGUCUGCCUUGUACCAUGAAAGUCCUCGCUUUAUUCUGGAGUGAGCAACCUUUGUAUGAAGAUGAGGAUGACGUCCAAGAUUGUACUAACAUCUCAAUAAAGUUGUCCACUGAUGCUUCUAGUGCA